ACUGGAAGAUGCCAAGAAGAAAAACAACAGAAUCCACAGCCAGUCAAGUUGGAUUCUGAAGAUGGUUUAGGCACUGUACGUCCAGCAAGCCUUACCUUUGAGAGCGACUUUCUCCUGGGACAAGAACUCGAGUUUUCAGAUCCUGACAAUGACAAGAUCAUAGGCCUUGAAAAGUUCUCAGCCGACAUCAGUCUGCCUGGCUUCCCCCUGGGAGACGAGGAGAGCUCCCCCUUCAGCCGCCUCAGUAUGGAGAGUGACGCCGAUGAUCUGCGUGCGACCGAAAGCGAGCGUGAAGAGAGGGUUUCUGAGUCUGCCUUUCCCUCUUACCUCUCUUGCAGGGGCUGUGGUCAGCUCCUGGAAGACCCCCUGGGACCCGGCAUGGACUUGGUGGGGCCCUUCUGCAUGCGCUGCUGCAAAGGGAAUGCGGAUGGCGUUGUGGACAGGAAGCUCUGCUCGGGCUUAGGCUUACAAGCGGACUCUAGAGGGGGAGGGAAUGAGGGUGCUGGUGGUGAGGAUGGUUACCUAAAGCUCCACUCAUGCACACUCUGUGGUUUCACGUCACGCUACACUAACCACGUUAAGAGGCACAUGAAGACGCACAAUGGCGAAAAGCCGUACGGGUGUCCGCUGUGCUCCUAUGCAUCAGCACAACUAGUAAACCUGCAAAGGCACUUGCGCAUACACACUGGGGAAAAGCCCUAUAAGUGCAACCACUGCACGUUUGCGUGCAGUUCCUUAGGGAACCUGAAGAGGCACCAGCGUAUGCAUGCAGUUGUAAGCCCGGGUCAGAGUGCCCUUCAGCCAAUAAGUGGCAACGGUUUAAACCACAUUACCCCGGGUCAGAAGGAAAAGGAAGUGGCUCCUGCCCCCACCGAAGUUCCAGGUGCUGUGCAGUCUGCCCCCCGACCUCACAUGGGAAGGGGUGGGAACUACUUGCACGCCCUUGAUGGCCUCAGGCUUGUGCAGCAGUCAUCAGCAGGAGUGUUGCAGUCAGGACAGUCUGCAUCUGAACCUGCCUCCUUGCCCCCAAGGUUCUUCCCCUUCACUUGUCGGCUGUGCGGCAUGGCCCUGGAUGACGAAGACGGAUCCUCGACCCAAAUAUGCGCAAAGUGCACCCUGGAGAUGCUAACUAAGGACACACCCGGAUGCCCCGCUGAGCGAGGGGACAAGGUCUACACCUGUGCUGCCUGCCCCUUCCUCACCCACUACCCGAACCACCUGGCCCGCCACAUGAAGACCCACAGCGGAGAGAAGCCAUAUAAGUGCCCGCAGUGCGAAUACGCCUCUGCCCACUUCGACAACCUCAAGCGGCACCAUCGAGUACACACUGGUGAGAAACCCUACAAGUGCCACCUGUGUGACUAUGCCUGUGGCAACCUGGCUAAUCUAAAGAGGCACCAGCGGGUGCAUUCGGGUGCCAAACCCUUUCAGUGCACCCUCUGCAACUACAGCUGCAACCAGAGUAUGAACCUGAAGCGGCAUAUGUUGCGGCACACAGGUGAGAAGCCCCAUAAGUGCCAAGAGUGUGGCUACACCACUGGCCACUGGGACAACUACAAACGACAUCAGAAGAAGCACAGCCUCACUACAGAUGGCUGGGCUAAAGUGCAGAUGCCUGGAAAUGAGGAAGAGGUGGAGGACGAGGAAGAGGCAUAGCCUCUUAUUGCAAGACAGUCGUCCAUAUGAGAUUUUACUGUUACUGCAUAAGCUUUGUUGGUUGCUCUUCUUUUUCUUUGUGCCCUCAUUUAUUUUGAAAGUAAUUUUUUAGACAUUUCUUGGAUUUGUCCACAAGCUGCUACAUGAAGUCAUGCAUAAAUUAAAAGACAGUUACCUGAAUGUCCUAAUGCAGGGUUUGUCCAGUUCUGCUCCUGGAGGGGCCAACCUUCUUGCAGACUCUAAAUACACUAAACACACCUGAAAUGGCUAAUUAAGGUCUUUAGGAUUACUUGAAAAUUCCCGCCAGUUUUGUGGGAGAUGGUUGGGACUAAACUCUGCUGGAAGGUGCUCCCCCAGGAGCAGGUUUGGACACUCCUGAUUAAUGCCUUUGAACAAGGCAGUUUGUGUUACACAAAGUUCUCUAAGAGUGUUCUGAGCCUGAUUGUGGUUCAUUUAUCAGUGCCAAACUCUGCACCACUGCCAUAGGAAGCCUGGAGCUACAUUGCAUGCACUUAAGUUCACCUUGGUUGGCUCUUUUGAUGUUUUAUGUGAUUGAUCAUUUGUCAGUCAAAGAUAUUCUCAACCCUACUGAUGAAAAUGUCUUUACAGAUGAGCAUUAUGUUGUGAUCUUUGAUAAUCUUGUUUUUGUUCUCAAUAAUUCUGAGGGGUUAUGUUGCCUUUUAUUGUUGUGUGUAUCUUUUUUGACUGUGAAAAAAUGCCAUUUGUCAAAGUUUACUUGAAGCAAAAUGGUGCAUAGUGGGUGUUCAUGUCAUGCUGAACAUAGAGCUUUUAUUUUUUGUAUGUGAUUUUAUUUUUUAUCUCUAAGGAAUGUUUGGCAUGUAUUUGCCACCCAUGGCAUUGUUAGCUAUACUGAAGGACAACAGUAAC